ACCGUCUGGUGAGGGAAGGGUACCGUUGUGUCAUCUGAAGAAGGGGUCGACCCGAUUGGUUAAAAGUGACAGUUGGGCAAGCCGGGUACAAAUAGCAGGGGGCACCUCUGUUCCUGUCCACACCUCUCACAGUUGGUCCUCCUCUAACUCAGACUUCAGACCCUCCAGUUCACCAAAAUGAGCUCCAGCAAUGUCAUCUUCAAGAAGAUUUCCAAGGACAAGUCGGUUGGCGUGUACAUGGGGAAGAGGGACUUUGUUGAUCGCAUUGACUCCAUAGAAGUUGUGGAUGGUGUUAUUCUGGUUGAUCCUGAGGUGCUGCAGGGCAAGAAAGUGUUCGUCACUCUGUCCUGCACUUUCCGCUAUGGCCGGGAUGACAUGGAUGUGAUGGGGAUAGCGUUCCGCCGGGACAUCUUCAUAUCCACACGUCAGGUGUACCCGGCCCUGCAGGACAAGGAGCAGAUGAUACUGACCAAGGUGCAAAACAGGAUCCUAAAGAAACUCGGGGAUAACGCCUACCCCUUCUUCUUUGAGUUUCCUGAUAAUCUACCCUGCUCAGUUGGAUUGCAGCCUUCUCCCAAAGAUGUUGGGAAGCACUGUGCAGUAGAGUUUGAGGUGAAAGCCUUCAGUGCCGAGAACCAGGAUGCCAAAGUCCGGAAAAGGAGCACAGUCACUCUGGCUAUCCGUAAGGUGCAGUACGCCCCAGAGCAGGAUGGUCCAGCGCCCUCGGUAUCCAUCACCCGGGACUUUGUCAUGUCGGACAAACCUCUUCACCUGGAGGCCAGCCUGGACAAACAGACGUACUAUCAUGGACAGCCAAUAAAUGUCCGUGUGAAAAUCAACAACACCUCCAAUAAAAAUGUGAGGAAUGUUAUUAUUUCAGUGGACCAGAUUGCCACUGUGGUGCUUUACUCCAAUGACAACUAUGUGAAGUCAGUUGCUAUUGAGGACAGUGGAGACUCAGUGGAUGCUGGUGGCAGCCUGGAAAAGGUCUAUAGCCUGCUUCCUCUGCUGGCUCACAACCGCGAGCGGCGGGGCAUUGCUCUGGACGGCAAGCUGAAGCACGAGGACACCAACCUGGCCUCCUCCAGCUAUUUUAAACCGGGAGUGCUGAAAGAGGUGCUGGGCAUUCUGGUGUCCUAUCGAAUUAUGGUAAAGCUCAUCAUUGGAGGGAUGUUGGGGUCCAGUGAGGUUGGGGUAGAGCUUCCAUUUCAGUUGAUGCACCCAAAACCUGAUGCAGUGAAAGAUAGUGAGGCGGAGGAGGAAAUGGUGUUUGAGGAGUUCAAACGCACUUAUCUGAAGGGCAUGGUUGAGGACGAGGAGCAGGCCAACGUGGAGGAGGAGGCAUCCUAGACUGGGACGUGCAGGAGACAUCUGUGAUGAGCGAGCGAAGGCAACCUGGGUCAGAGCCGUGCUGAAAUGUCUCAGGUGGUCACUGUGACAUACUGAAAGGCAUAUCCUGGAAUAUUUACACCUGCUUCUCUGUUGAUUGUAGAUGUUGUUGUGCACCUUGUGUGUUGGCAUUGAGUGACCACCAGGGGUCAUUGUAAAAAAAGAACUGUCCUGCUAUCAACCUAAUUCUUUGUAUCUGUUCUUGUACUUGGAAUGCAAAUAAAGUGGAUUUAUGUGUAGGCAGUAGAUGAUAGGUAUUUGUCAAACUAGAGAUUUGGCAUAUUAGGUUAAUAUGGCUAUUCAUCAUAUUGUUCAUAUAUUGGUGGGCAGUUCAUAUCACAGAAAGAACACCUCAAUAAAGACACUCAG